AUGAGCUCGCAGCGCUAUUCACGGGUGAACGCUCAUGAUGAAGAGGAAGGACCGCACUCCUAUCCGCUGAACCCUGCGCGUUCCGAUGCAUCUCCGCCUCCCUCAUUCCGUUCCCGGUCCCGAUCUUCGUCACCAUCGUCCAGGCGCUUAUUACACAACGAUCCGUUAAAUAAUGAUGACGAUCAGACACUUGCUGAUGCCUUUGGCGACGAGGAUGAGUCUGAUGAUGACCAUGAACCUGAUGACAGGCAGCGCUUAAUGCGUGCGGACCCCGAUUUCCGCUCGGCUGAUAACGGACAAGGCGCUUCUGCGUCUUCAUCGGAUCCAAGAAGUGAUCCACAGGAACAGGCUCGUACUGGACUUUUGAGGCAGCCUACGACACUGCCGACUUUUACCGCUCCGUCUUCUGGUGGACAGAGGCAGAUCGCUCCCUCUAAUGAUGGUGUCUUUGCCAACCUUGCAGCCAAGCCCGAGCGGGGUGAGAAGAACGAGGAUCUCCCUCCUUCUUACGAAGAAGCUGCGGCUGAUGCGACUCCCCCGUACUGGGAGACCACAAUUGUGGCUCCUGGCAUUUCGUCCGAUGAAGUUUACGUGGACGGAUUGCCCGUUGGAUCUGUCUUCUCAUUCGUGUGGAACGCCAUGAUUUCAAUGUCGUUCCAGCUUGUUGGCUUCCUGCUUACCUAUCUCUUGCAUACCACCCAUGCCGCAAAGAAUGGCAGCCGAGCGGGUCUCGGUCUUACUCUUGUUCAAUACGGUUUCUACAUGAAGGGCGGCAGUGACGGUUCAGGCUCCGAUGGCGGAGGCACUGAUUCAUACGUUGCUCCGCCUGAUCCCAACAGCCACAGCUUCGACCCGAACUCGGUUGGUGAGAGCUCUAGCGGCGAUGGCAGUGGCGCGAUAUCGGGCAUUACAACCAGCGAAUGGAUCUCAUAUAUUCUAAUGAUUGUUGGCUGGUUCAUCUUGAUCCGCGCAGUCAGUGACUUCCUUCGAGCACGACGUCAUGAGCAGCUCGUGCUACAAAGCCCAGAUCGCGGAUUGGGCGUACCUAUCAUUGCGGAAGGCGAACGGUCUGAGACUGUCGUCUAA